UUAACUACAAUGAAAUGUAAUACAUAUAAGCUUGAUUAAUUGUCAGAAAAACACAGCUGAAAGCAGAAGCAAAAACAACAUGGCUUUGAUCUUGAAGAUUUUUGCUUUGACAGAGUUAUUAACUAUUGCAACAGUGUUAGUAGUAAUCAUCCUCCUCCUUCCUGGUACUGCUUAUAGUUUAAGCAGAGAUGAAUUCCCUUCUGACUUUGUGUUUGGUGCAUCAACCUCAGCUUACCAAGUUGAAGGUGCAGCAAAUGAAGAUGGCAGGAAACCAAGCAUAUGGGAUACCUUUGCCCAUGGAGGAAAUGCUAAUAUGUACAAGGGUGAUGGAGAUGUUGCAUGUGAUGAAUAUCACAAAUAUAAGGAAGAUGUGCAACUCAUGGCCAAUAUCGGUUUAGAUGCCUACCGAUUUUCAAUAUCAUGGUCAAGACUUAUUCCAGAUGGGAAAGGACCAAUAAAUCCUAAAGGACUUCAAUAUUACAACAAUCUUAUAAAUGAACUGAUAAGCCACGGAAUCCAACCACAUAUUACAUUGCACCAUUGGGAUCUACCACAAGCACUUGAGGACGAAUACGAAGGAUGGAUUAGUAAAAAAAUUGUGAAAGAUUUCACAGCAUAUGCUGAUGUAUGUUUCAGAGAAUUUGGUGAUAGAGUUAAGUAUUGGACGACGCUGAAUGAGGCGAAUAUGCAAGCAAUGUUUGGCUAUGCUUUGGGAAUAAUACCACCACAGAGGUGUUCUACUUCUACUUCUACUUCUACUUUAUCUCUAGAUUCUUCUUUUGUAGCUAACUGCUCAAAGGGAAAUUCCUCAACUGAGCCAUAUUUGGCGGUUCAUCAUAUGUUGUUAGCACAUGCUUCAGCUGCAAGAUUGUAUAAUAAGAAAUAUAAGGGUUUGCAACAUGGUUUUAUUGGGUUUAAUCUUCUUACUAUUGGUUUUGUUCCACUGACAAAUACUAGUGACGAUAUAAUUGCGACUCGAAGGGCACAAGACUUCAUAAUGGGGUGGAUUCUAAAUCCACUAACAUUUGGUGAUUAUCCUGAUACAAUGAAAAGGAAUGUUGGAUCAAGGCUUCCUUCUUUCACCGAAAAAGAAUCAAAUCUGAUGAAGAGCUCAAUUGACUUCUUAGGAAUAAACUUUUACAACUCAUUAUAUGUUAAGAACUAUCCUCCUGAAAGCAACAACAUGGAGGAUAGAGAUUACAUGCAAGAUAUGGCAGUUGAACUAAUUACAAGACUCAUUGAAAAUGAUACAUCUAUAGAUGAGGUGCUAGAUUCUUUGAAGAAUGGUUAUGGAAAUUUUCCAAUUUACAUACAUGAAAAUGGCCACAAAACACUUCGUAAUUCAUCAUUGAAUGAUUGGUCUAGGGUGAAGUACUUGCAUAAAUACAUUGGGACCAUAGCUAAUGCAAUAAGGAGUGGAUCAAAUAUAAAAGGUUAUUUUGUAUGGUCCUUGUUGGAUGUGUUUGAAAUAUUGAGUGGAUAUGAAGGAAGUUUUGGGCUAUACUACAUAGAUUUGAAUGAUCCAAACUUGCAGAGACAACCUAAGCUCUCUGCUAAAUGGUACUCAAAUUUUCUGAAAAAUAAGCCUAUGGAUCUAAAGAUUACCAUGGAAAUUGAGAAUGAUACACCAUUGCCUUUAGAGAAUUAGAGAUAUACUUGCUAUAAUGCCAAGUAACCCUCUAAUUUGAGGUCAAAAUUUUAUGUUUUUUCCUACCAAUGUGAAUGAAUAAAAAGGAUGUGGUUUAUGAUGUUGAAUAUUAAACACAGUAGAUUUUUAUCAACAAAAUAUUAUGUAGCUGGCUUAUCAUAUUAUUAUUAUGAAAAUAGUAUCUUUUAUUUUGCAUGUGUUUAAAUUAUGGACAUGCCAUGUAAGUAUAGCUCAGUUGAUAUCGCAUUAUAUAGGUAGAGACUGAAGUUUGAAUCCUAAAAUGUGACAUCCCAAAUUUAGUUAAUAGAAGGGAUAUUAAUUA